AUAAUAAUAAUAAUAAUCUAAUGACAUAUAUGUGAUAGUCAAGGAAUAUAUGGGCACUCACAGCUUUUUAGCCCUGUGAAAACAUGGCUGCUAAGGUGGUUCUCUCUUCUUCUCUCAACACCCACUUUCCCGUCCCAUCCAAGCCAUCAUCGUUCUCUUCUGUGGUUUUCACUCUCAGUUCACCAAAGAAAAGGGUUCAUCAUUUCAAAAUCCAUGCAAAUUUAGGAGAGGGGGAUGGAGAACUCAAGCCGAAAGGGAAGAAGAAAUUUAUAACCAGAGAACAAGAACCAGAACAGUAUUGGCAGAGUGCAGGGGAAAGGGAAGGAGAGAAUCCCAUGAAGACACCUCUUCCUUACAUCAUUAUAUUUGGCAUGUCAACUCCCUUUGUGAUCUUAGCCAUUGCUUUUGCUAAUGGCUGGAUUAAGGUUCCUGUAAGGUGAGAGUCAGAGCAGCAAGCAGACUACUGACAUGGUUGUUCGGUUUGAUUCAGUUUAUUUAUACUUCCCAAUCCUUAAGAGUCCUCAGAUAUGUACUUUGUUUGUAAACCACAUUUUGAGUAUUCAUACUGUAACUGCAGUUCACAAUGAGAACUAGACGAUGGGUUUUUCUUGUAA